AUAAUAUACGAACGUGUAAAAAUGUUUUUAUUAGUUAUUGUUCUAAGUUCAAAUUUAUUUAUUCAAAUCGAAUCAGCAAAAAUAUUAGCAUUUUUCCCAGUACCUUCAAUAAGUCAUCAAGUUGUGUUUCGACCGCUUACACAAGAAUUGGCAAAACGAGGUCAUGAAGUGGUUGUUGUAACUCCAGAUCCAGCUUUUCCAAAAGGUCAAACACCAGAUAGAUUAAGAGAAAUAGAUGUUCAUGAAAUAUCAUAUAGUUAUUGGGAAGAAUUUCUAUCAUCUGCUACUGGAAAUAAAGAUGAUUUGGAAACACAGUUGGAAGUGGCUUUUGAUUCGAUAAGUAUAAUAUUUGAAAAACAAUUGGAAGUUGUUGAAGUUCAAGAAAUUAUUAAAAAUAAAAAUAAUACAUUUGAUUUACUUCUCCUGGAAGCUUGUGCUAUGCCAGUAUUAUCAUUAUCUUACAUUUAUAAAGCACCAGUUAUUUUAGUGAGUUCGUUCGGUGGUCUAAUAGGAAAUUAUGAAUUAUUAGGUGCACCGAAUCAUCCAAUAUUUUACCCAUUACCAAUUCGACAGAGACUUUAUAAUUUAACAACAUGGGAAACAUUAAAUGAACUAUAUUACAAUCAUUAUAAGAUGGUUCAACUAUUUGACAACCAAGAAGAGAAGCAAAAUAGGGCUCUUAGAAAAAUCUUCGGCGAAAACUUUCCUGGACUUGCUAAUUUAAAGAGUAAUGUACACAUGCUAUUUUUAAAUAUUCAUCCUAUUUGGGAUAAUAAUCGACCAGUGCCACCAAACAUUAUUUAUAUGGGAGGUCUACACCAAAGGCCGCGAAAAGAAUUACCACAUGACCUGACUUCAAUUUUAGAUGGUUCAAAAGAUGGUGUCAUUUAUUUUAGUUUUGGCACCAACGUCGAUCCUGCCUUAUUACCGCCAGAAAAAAUCUAUAUAUUUUUAAAGGUUUUCUCAAAGCUGUCAUACACCAUCUUAUGGAAAUGGCAAUCUAAAAUGUCUUAUACCGUGCCGUAUAAUGUAAAAGUUAUGAAGUGGUUCCCACAAUCAGAUUUAUUAAGACAUCCGAAAAUCAAACUCUUCAUAACACAGGGAGGAUUACAAUCCACUGAUGAGGCUAUAACUGGAGGGGUUCCACUGAUCGGCAUACCAAUGCUAGGCGAUCAAUGGUUUAAUGUUGAGAAAUAUGUACAUCACGGAUUAGGAGUAAGACUCGAUUUAGACACUCUUACUGAAGAUAAACUUUUGAAAGCCAUACAAACUGUCAUUGAAGAUGAAAGUUACCGUAAAAAUGUGAUCAAAUUGAGAACGUUAAUGGAAGACCAAAUUCAGAAGCCACUCGAUCGAGCUGUGUGGUGGACAGAGCACGUAAUCCGGCACGGCGGCGCUCAACACUUACGAACGCCGUCCGCAAAUUUGUCAUGGUCACAGUAUUACCAUUUCGAUUUAAUUCUAAUUACAAUCGCUGUCUUGUGUAUUAUUGUUGGAUUAUGUCUUGUUAUAUCAUAUUGUGUUAUAAAGACUUUUUUUAUAUACUCAAGUAAUGAAAAAUUCAAAAAGAAUUAAU